AUGAUCAGGCUAAUGCUGCAUAAAAUAAAAGUAGGAUAUUAAAAUGUAAUAAUUUCAGAUGGUCCAAAAAAAUAGAAGAAAAAGGCAGAGAAAUUCCUUUAAAAAGAUCACACUGAUUCAAAUAUGCUAGUAGCUAUAAGAAUAAGACCACUUUCAUAAAAAGAAAUAGCUAACAGUGACAAAGAUAUUAUAAGAAGUGAGGAUAAGCUACUUGGAUAUAACGGAUGUAUAUUUGCCUAUGGGACUACAGGUAGUGGUAAGACUCACACAAUGACUGGAAACCCAGAUUGUCCAGGAAUUAUGUAUCUGAUUAUCAAGGAUAUGUUCGACAAAAUUCAAAAUGAAACUGAAAAAAAAUUCGAAAUAAAAGUGUCUUACGUUGAAAUAUACAAUGAGGUAAUUAGGGAUUUGCUUGUAGCAAACUCUAAAGAUACUUAUCUUGACUUGAGAGACGAUUCUGAAAAAGGAGUUUAGCUCGCAGGAGUGACUGAGUUUUAAGUUUAGGAACCGAAUCAAGUCAUGAGUUUGCUAUAAAUUGGAAAUAAGAGGAGAUCGACAGAGGCAACUAAUGCAAAUUAGACUUCAUCAAGAUCUCAUGCUAUCUGUUAGAUUUAAUUAAGUGUGAAGGAUAAGCUCUCUAAUACUGAAAACGAAGUACUCUGUGGAAAAUUAUCCCUUAUUGAUUUAGCUGGAUCUGAAAGAGGCACAGUCACUGAAAAUAGGGGUAUAAGACUGAGAGAAGGUGCAAAAAUUAAUACUUCUCUCUUAGCUCUUGCUAAUUGUAUAAAUGCUCUUGGAGAUAAGACAAAAAAAGGAUUUUUUGUUCCCUUUAGAGAUAGCAAGCUAACCAGAAUGUUAAAAGAUUCACUUGGCGGAAAUUGCAAAACUGUGAUGAUAGCAACAAUCAGUCCAUCUAGUAAUUAGAAUGAGGAAACCAUCAAUACUUUAAAGUACGCCAAUAGGGCAAAAAAUAUUAAAAUGAGAGUUGAGCCUAAUAAAAAAAUGGUUUAUUAGCAUAUUAGUGCUUAUAAAAGUAUAAUUGCUGAUUUAAGAGAUGAAAUCGAUAAACUUAAAGCAUAGCUGCAUACCGAGUUAGGCUAAAGAAACAAUCCACUCUCUAUUACAAAAACUUCGAAGGAUAUUGAAUCCAUUUAGAAAAUGGAAUUGGAGGAAGCCAAGUAGAAAACGCAGCCUCUUUAAUAAGUCUAAUCUUUGAUAAAAAAUGCUGAUUGCAAAUGUGAUUCCAGACUGAGAGAUUAGAUUAGAUAACUGGAGGAUGUUGAAGAAGAAAUUAAAAACUCAAAAGAGAAUAUGGGAGAAUAAAAUAAUAACGAGAACCAACCAUCAAAUGAAGUGGCAUUUCUUAAUAGACACAUUCAAUAGCAUUAACAAUAAAUUGAAAUACUAAGUGAAAGUACCAAACAAAAUUUAAUCAAAAGACAGUAAAUGAAAUAGGAACUUUAUGAAAACUACUAGCAAAUUAAAUCUAUACGUUUAUCAAUUGAUUAGAGAAUUGAAAACAAUGAUAUCAAGGAUUAUCUAGAAUUAGUAAUUAAAAACAAUUUCUUAGAGAGUUAAAAUGUUUAGUUGCUUUUAAAUCUCUAGCUAUAAGCAAGAACUAUUAUGGAUCUAAAAAAUAUGAUUUAAAAGUAGUAAAAGUUUAUUGAAGACAAUGAUAUUGGAGGUAAUUCAAUUAAUGGAGAUAAAAAUAUGGAUCUAUUCCUUGAUGGCGGAGAAUUAGACUUUGAAGAUCAAGACGCACUUGAAGAGCAAUAUAUCUCGGAUUUCAAUGAAGACAAACAAAAUAUUCCAAUAACUAAUGAGUAAAGCCAGUCAUAAAAUUAGAACAGACCCCCAAAUGGAGGAGGAUCAAUAGUUCCAAAAAAGUAAAACUUAAUGGUUUAAAAGCAGGCGAAGAAAUAGGAUUCAGCUAAAAUUUACUCUGCUAAUGCAGGCACGAAAAAUAAAGACACUUCUAAGAAUACUGGUCCCAAAAAGCGAUGA